AUGGUGAACAGCCGGGUGGAGGCGUCAGCCGUGGCGGUAACAGGUGGCGGCGGCUCGUCAGGCAGGUCCUGCGCGGGCUGCGGCGGGCGCAUCGCCGACCGCUUCCUGCUCUUCUCCAUGGAGCGCUACUGGCACACGCGCUGCCUCAAGUGCUCCUGCUGCCACUCCCAGCUGGGCGAGAUCGGCACCACCUGCUACAGCAAAGGGGGCAUGAUCCUCUGCAAGAACGACUACAUCAGGUGAGCGUCAGGGGAGGCAGCAUUCAAAUCAGGAAGGACUGCGGGUGGGGGGGUGGAUGCAACACGGUAAUAGCUUCACCUCUGGUAGGCGUCUUUUUCCACAUUGGUCAUGCAGUUAAAGGAAAGAUAUUUGAUUGGAAUCAACCCUACUAGGGUGACAUAGGUGUGGGGAAAGAAGAAUUACGUGGGGGAAAUUAUUUUGCUAUGUUAUAUACAGUAGUCAGCAAUUACUUUAGGUUGUAGGUUAACUGUCUCAGAUGUUUUAGCUUACGUCAACCAUUUUUGACCUUGUCUAUGAAAAUGGAAAUUAAAAAGUGUUGUAAGAACAUUUUAGUGAGUUUCCCCUUCAAUAAAGUUAAUAGUGAAAGUGCCACAGAAAUCCACAUUCAACAACUGAUCAUGCCUGAUGAGUAUUUUUAAUGUUUGGCCAAACAAGCACAGAUAGCUCAAUGCAUUUGGGUUUAUGAUAGUGGUCGUAUUAUUGCGUUUACAGUUAAUGACAGCUGUUUUGUAGGCUUUAUUUCAGGGACUAUAUUAUGGAGGAAUUUGUCAAGUUAAUUUCUCUCUUUUUUUUUUGUCUGUGCACACAUAAAGGCACCAGGUGUUCGUGUGUGAAUGCAGACAGAUAGGGCAGGAUAAGAGUGACAGGAGGGUGUUACGAGAAAAGGUAUAGGCACACACCAGGUUUGUGUCUGAGGGAGCAAUGGAUUUUUAACAGCAACUCUCUAACCUCUCAAGACCAACUGUCUUUCACUACUUUUUAGACAUUUGAUUACAAAACCUAAGGAGUUUGUAAUUAACCUAAAUUUGCAGUUAGGAUAGCCUGAAUUGGUCCUAUAGCUUAAUUGGCCAAGGAUUCAGACAAUUUUAAAUAGCUACCAUUGUGUUACUGUGGUUCUAAUUGAAACCCAUGUUAAGUUAGGCACAUUUUUAAAUGGUCAUAAUUCAAAUAUUAUAAAAAUGAUCAAAAAUAUGAAUGCAAGCAAUCUAAGUUGGGUCAGUCUGAACAUCUCAACGUUAGUUUGGCGUUGAUAGCUUAAAUGGUGUAGGAGGAGAUACACGCCCAAAUUUCCAAAUGUUCCCCAUGUAAGUCUAUGGCACUUGUAUUGCCAUUGAAAUGCAUUGGGAGCUCAUUUUAAGUGUUGUAAAACACAAAGUACAAAUAAUAUCGAAACUAUUUUCUCAAGCAGUUGGGGAAGUCUGCACAUUUGGAAGUUGGUUUGGUGUUAAUAGCUUAAGUCGUUUAAGCGCUAGCGUGAGCCGAAUAAAUACAAUGAUGAGUAUGUCAUAAAUCUACAGUUGUGCAUUGCUUUGCAAGCACACCUAAUUAGUUAAUUUGCCCAAGUUUAUCAUAAGACAUAAACAGAACGCAUCAGUGAUUCGUAUUCCCUGCAACCCUCUGAAGAGGCAACGGCAUGGAAAUGCCCCUGUCUGGGUGCCUGUGGCACGUGUGUCUACCACCUUGUGUAGCCGUUAGCGAUGCUAAUGAUAGGCUAACCGUCUUUGGGUAGAUGGGAAGGCUUUCACAAAUACCUUCUCAAUUAGAAGUUAACUACAAUGUAGCCUAUGCCUACCUGGCAGAGUCAUGAUUAUUUGCAUCAAUCCAGUGGCCAUUUGUUUUGCAAACUCCAUCACGUGAGCUACAGAACCACCACUAACCAAACAACAGUGCUUAGUGCUUGCACACUUGAAUUAAGGGGAAACUACACUCAAAUCAACAUUUUGUAGCUUUUCCCAGACCUCAAAAGUGGUCCCCUGAUGUGGUUUAAGCAUUGCUGUGGACUUAGAACAUCUAAUUGUUCUUUUUUUUUCAUACAAACAUUUUAUUUUGAUUAUGAAAAUGGGGAAAAAUCUGUUCUUCAACUAAUUUUUUUUGCUGUGGUAGUGUUUUGGUAUCGAGUAUCAUGAUACUAAACCUGGUGUUGGUAUCGAAGUCCAAAUUCUGGUAUCGUGACAACAGUAGUGUGUGUGUGUGAGUGCGUGCGCACACACGUGUCUGAGAGGCUGGUCGGAUCUAACACAGACGAAGGAUUGUGUGGGUGCCUGCGUUGGCACUGCCCAGGCACUAGCGCUCUCCAGGGCAAACAUUGGGGCAGAUCCGGAGCAGUCUGGAAACUCACGGCCCAAGAGCGCCCGCAUGGAUGGAGGCCUGCUGGAUAGCGCAGAGACACUGGGCACUUUGUACAUCAGUCCAGUAAUAAUUCAGAGGAUUUAAAGCCACUCCCAGUGGAAUAAAUAAAGCAGUUAUACUUCACUACUAUACUGAACAAAAAUAUAAAUGGAACAUGUAAAGCGUUGGUCCCAUGUUUCAUGAGCUGAAAUAAAAGAUCCCAGACAUUUUCCAUAUGCACAAAAAUCUUAUUUCUCUCCAAUUUUGUGCACAAAUUUGUUGACAUUCCUGUUAGUGAGCAUGUCUCCUUUGCCAAGAUAAUCCAUCCACCUGCCAGGUGUGGCAUAUCAAGAAGCUGAUUAAAUAGCAUGAUCAUUACACAGGUGCACCUUGUGCAGUUUUGUCACACAACACAAUGCCACAGAUGUCUCAAGUUUUGAGGGAGCGUGCAACUGGCAUGCUGACUGCAGGAAUGUCCACCAGAGCUGUUGCCUGAGAAUGUAAUGUUCAUUUCUCUACCAUAAGCCACCUCCAACGUCGUUUUAGAGAAUUUGGCAGUACGUCCAACUGGCUUCACAACCACAGAACACAUGUAACCAUGCCAGCCCAGGACCUCCACAUCCGGCUUCUUUACCUGCGGGAUCGUCUGAGACCAGCCCCCCGGACAGCUGAUGAAACUGAGGAGUAUUUCUGUCUGUAAUAAAGCCCUUCUGAUUGGCUGGGCCUGCGCCCCUGCCCAUUCAUGUGAAAUCCAUAGAUUAGGGCCUAAUUAAUUUAUUUCAAUUAACUGAUUUCCUUAUAUGAACUGUAACUCAGUUAAAUUAUUGAAAUUGUUGCAUGUUGUGUUUCCAUUUUUGUUCAGUGUUUGUGAUCUACAGAAAGAUGUAUGGUUGUGAAAUGUAAUGUGCCAAUAACUCCUCAUUGCAACUAUUGCAACCACCACUGAAUGAGUGGUAAUUGCAUGUGUUUUUUGCCGCAAAAUGUCCUAUGUUAUUUAGCCAUAUGGAUCAUGUCAUAUGGUUUGACACCAUUAAUAUAAAAAGUAUAUGGUUUUUCUGCACUGCUGCUUAACAAUCGUCAAACGUAGUGCACGCUUGUGGACAGGACCUUGUGUCCAUGCACGCGCAAGGUCCAUCCUCAGACAUUUGUAGCGCAUACCAGUAUGCAAUUCGCAGCAUAUCAAAUAUGUAUAAUACAGUUGGUGGGUCCUCAUUGCCAAGUGACCCAGUGCCAAUGAGGUCCGAUAAAGGCAGAGAGGGAGCUUUAAUUAGGGAGAACGGGGUUCCUCUCGAGCGCUUGCUUAUUAAAUGAUUGUUUGGAUUAAGAUCAAUAGGGAAAGGGAGAGAGUAGAGAGGGGGAGGUAUAGGAGCCAAAACCGAUAUGGUAGGUGUCACAAGCAAGAGGGUGCAAUAGAGAAGGUGUAAUGAGAGCAGAAGAGAGGCUUCCUAUUAAGACUGAAUGGUUUAACUGUUAACACGCUAGGGCCUCUGAGAGAUGGGCCAAUGGGCUCUGGGUAGUCUACUAAAUGUGGUGUGAAGGUUUCCUGUAAGUCACAUGUACUUACUUGGUCACGCUCUAAGAAGGAGGCGACGUGUUUGACAGGAGCAAGGCAAUGUAUAGUUCACCAAAAAUAAGUCCUAUAGCGGAUCACAUUAUUUUCUUACGUUUCACACCAAACAGACAUUAUCACUGGCACCUACAAAAGAUAUUCAGUGACCCGUGAAGAAAAAUCCUUAAAUCAGGGUGCUUCACCAGUGUCAGCUGAAACAUAUUUCAGGGCUCUGCUAGUAGCCUGCCAUGGACUUCAUCUGCAGCUCAAACCCCACCUGGAAUCUGUAGCCGUCAGCUGAGCACACAAGGCCUGAGUCACGUCGCAGCACCACCACCAGCACUAUUCCAUGCUGCAUCCGUCCCAUUCAGUCCUGCUAGACUCUGGACUCCUACUUCAUUCAUGACUUCAACCACUGGUCUGGGAACUAUUUAGCAUUAAUUGCUUGAGUUGGUUCUAGUUACAUUUACAUUUUAGUCAUUUAGCAGAUGCUGUUAUCCAGAGCGACUUACAGUUAGUGAGGGCAUACAUUUUCAUACUGGCCCCCCGUGGGAAGUUAGGAUCGGGAAAGGGUAAGCCAAGUUAGAAUCAGCCGUUGAAGGCCGAGAGUGGUGCUGAACCACAACAUCAUUGUCAUUGGGAAUAUGAGGUGACUUGGUCAAUCUGUUGAAGGGUAAGUGGUUGCAGUUGUCUGACAUGGUUUGUUUGGGUUCACCCGCAGGCUGUUCGGGCACAGCGGGGCAUGCAGCGCCUGUGGCCAGUCCAUCCCUGCCAGUGAGAUGGUGAUGCGUGCACAGGGCAACGUGUACCACCUCAAGGUAAGACUAACGUCAGCCUAAAAGUAAAGACCGAUGCCAACAGAAUCUGCGAAAGCCAAAUAUUUUAAGGGCCCUUAGACACAGCGAUUUGACCCAUGCUUCUGUUGCUCUUUCUUAAACUGUUUCUUAAAAAACUUCUCCCUCCAUUUUUCCUUCGUUCCCUCCCUCUGCAGUGUUUCACCUGUGCCACCUGUAGGAACCGGCUGGUGCCGGGUGACCGCUUCCACUACGUUAACGGCACCAUCUUCUGUGAGCACGACAGGCCAGGGGGCGCUCUACUCCGGAGUCACUUGACCCCACUGCAGGGGAACGGCAUGAUGCCUGACCAGAAGGUAUGGGGAUGUGCUCCGGACCGUAUUUUGAUAGAACUUAACAGUUUGUGAUUGAUUGUCCCUUACGUGUUAAGAAUCCAUGUGGUUUAAUGAAUGAAUGUGCUGUUUUGGUAAUAGUUUUUGAAGGUGGUGUUGGACUGUGGUUGUCUUACUGUCUGUUCUUGCGGUCUUUGCGUAAUCAAUGUGUAUCAAUAAUCACCUCUUUCUCCUGAUCUCAGGUGUGCUGA